CAACAGACAUCACUUCCGCUCGUAGUGAUAAGUUGCUGAAACUGGAGAAAAUUUGUUAGAUCAAGAAAAACAGCACCAAUCUGAUCAGAAGAAAAACUGAUGGUUAUAUGAGCUCUUCAAAUAUUGGUCUAAGAUGCUCCAAAAGCUGUUGUUCAUCUUGACUGUCAUUAAAAUGACAAGCUGCGAGUAUAUAGAACUUGAUGGCAUGAUUAACUUCUCCAUCAGUGUACAAGACAACUUCACUGGAGAGGCUGGUUUGUGCAUCAGAGCAUUCUGUUCUUUCACUGUUCCUCAAAAUGUCUCAGAACCCAUUAGGACAACAUGGUUCAAAGGAGAUCCACAAAACCCAACUGAUGAAGUUCCUUAUAUGACCAUUAAUAAAUACAUAUCUGGUGUAAGAGAGUGCAGCUUUAUGCUAAACAACUUGGUUCAGGGUGACUCUGAUGGUGAAUACAGAUUGAAACUGGAGUGGGGACAAGGAAAUGUGCAUAUCUUUCCUCAGACAGUGAGAAUUACUGUGAAAGAGCUCACCCAGAAACCAACUAUAAAAGUCCCAAAACUUACAGCAGGAAAGAAGGCUGAGAUAUCCUGCAAAGUUCCAGGGGACUGCGUGAAUCCCUCAGCAGAUAUUGUAUGGGACGGGAUUGAGCCUGAUAAAGUUAAACAUGGAGCUUUUAGAGUGCCUGGCAGGGAAGAGCACUCUUCAAUAAUGACUUUCCAUCCUGAGCCUGAACAUCAAAAUACUAAGAUCACCUGCACAGUCAUUUUUCAAAAAAGCAUACGGACUGAAAGUACUGUGAUCCUUAAAGUACGAUAUGCUCCUAAAAUCCUGAAUAGCUCCCGUUGUUUGGUGUUGGGUGAUGAAUUGACUUGCAUGUGUGUCAGCAGUGGUGUGCCAUUAUCCCAGAUAUACUGGCCGAUAUUAGACGGCAUCAAUAAAUAUUACAGUACUGCUUCAGCAGAGAACACCAUCAGCAUCAGCAACAUCUCCAUUUCUGGUUUCAGGAACAUCAACACUACUGUUAAAUGUUUCAGUAAGAAUCUCAUUGGUACGGCAAAAAUGGAAAUUCAGGUCCAGAGUCAUGCUGAAAAACCCAAAGUAAACUGGAGUUUGUCCACCUCUUGGAUAUUCUUUACCCUUUCAGCUGUUGUAAAUGUCAUCUUCACUUGCUGUUUGACUGUUGUCCUACGAAGGAGAGAAAAACUUAAGAAACCAAAAGAUGACAACCAUAUCUACAUGACUUCAAUGGCAAGAGAGGAAUCGAUGUAUGAGACAAUUGAAAUGUCUUCAGAGAGAUCGUAGUAGCUACUUUGAUCAGCAGCACAUUACAGCUGAAAUAACAAAACUUUUUCUUUUUUACAUAUAUUUUGGACUCUAUUUUUUUGUUUGUGUUAAGGACAUAGUCCACAAAAAAAUUACAAUUCUUUCAUCAUUUACUCACCCUCAUGCUAUCCCAGAUGUAUAGGUGUGCUGUUCACAUAGCGGCAUAGCGGCAAUUGCUUUCGAAUCGCUCUAGUGGUGUUUUGAUAUGUCAUAUACCCAUCGAUCUGCGCAGGGCCGCUUUAAGUCGAACGCAAUACACCUUCUUUCUUCAGAUAAACAAAACGUCACAAAUAAAUACUAUUAAAUCUUAAUUUUGGAAAAAAAUAUUUGUAUUAAAAAUCUUUAAAUUAACUGGCUUUUUAUUAAUGCAAUACAGUGAAUGGCAGCUGUCUGUGGUCUCCCAAUGGCUUACAUUAUUGGCAGUUUAUUAGUGUUAAAGUCCCCCUUUAGUCAAUAAUACCCUUAAAACUCAACUUUCACCAAAAUUACAUAUUUAAAAGUUUUUUUCCUUUGAAAAAAAAUCUUAAUGCCUUAAAAUAGCUUAACUCUACACCAUUGCCUCAUUUAAUAUACACGGACGGAUCUAUGGAUAUGAUAGUUAGCCCCUCAUCCACUCAAUCGCACGAGCUCAGACGAGAUCCACUCGGUCAAAUUACUGAGGUAAACGCUGCACAAUGGUAAUGCUUUUUACAACGUCGGACACAUAACAGUAAUUAAUAUGAUUAGCGUUUUGCUUGACUAUGUUAUCAAACAGCUAAUAAUGUGUUGCUAAUGCUACACAAACCAUGUUCACAUUCACAGUCAGACAGCUGCCUUCAACAGUCAGUAUCCUUAGAAACGCUUUGAACACCUUAAUGUCAGUGAAGAUAUAUAGUUCAUCAUAACAUCGUAAUAUGCAUCAUACACUCGCCAUUUUGCUAAAUCUACCAUAUUAUAUCAACAGAAAAAUAUUCCGGGAUAACCUUCUUUUGAAGGUUAGUUCCCUUGCGCGGUCAGUCAGUUAAUGAUAUGCUAAAGCCCGCCGGCACAUUGACGUGAUUGGUUACAAGGACGUUUUAAAGAGAAAAUACUCAGCAUUGGUGUUGACUUAUGAAUUUGCACAUGGUUUGUCUUAAACCAUGUUAAAAACACGAAAGAUUUAAACGUGUUAUUAAAUAUUAUGUGUUAUAAAUAUUACAUGGCAGUUGAGAUAGCCUUACUUGGAUGCAGCCUUCCAUUUGAAAAGCUCCCACGGUUCGCAUGUAAACUUAUUUUUGUGAUAUAUGUAUACCCUGAAAUGUUUAUGUUAAAUAAAAAUAAAUAAAUAAAUAUUGUUUGCAGGUGUACACUUUACUAUCCCAUGAAGCCACAGGAGAGAAUUUGUGUAUGGCAGUGAAGCGACUCAACCAUGAUGCACGAUAAUAACAACAUGGCGAACGUAGUACUUCUGGAUUACAUUCACACAUUCAUGCUAUAUAGUACAUACUUUUUUAGAGGCCGUGAAGUAAUUAUUCAAAUUAAGUACCUACUCUAGAUUAUGGUAUUUUGGACACAGCUUUCGGCUCACAGAUGGGUUAUUUUUCUAAAA